AACCUCGACGAACCAACGCAAUUGAACCUUGACAAGGGAUCGAUUGACAAUGGCGAACGUCGAACAACACGAGCUCAAGAAGCGGAAAGUCGGAUCAGGCACAGGUGAGGCUGUCGUCACCAAGCUCGAUGCCGCUCCGGCCAUGGAUCACGACGAGAAGAAGUACGCGAAGGUGGCUAUGAAUGCUAUCGCACAGGAGUCAUCACUUCCCGAUGUCUACAACCCAAUCCUCCCCCUCCUCUUCACCGCCCUCGCCCUCUUCACCCGCCUCUACCGCAUCGGCCGCUCAAACAUCGUAACCUGGGAUGAAGCCCACUUUGGUAAAUUCGGCUCCCACUACCUCAAGCGCGAAUUCUACUUCGACGUCCACCCACCCCUCGGCAAGAUGCUCGUCGGUCUCAGCGGGUAUUUGGCGAAUUAUAAUGGAAGUUUCGAGUUUAAGAGUGGGGAGAAGUAUCCGGAGGAAUUGGAUUAUGUCUUCAUGAGGGUUUUUAAUGCCAUGUUUGGGGUGCUGACGGUGCCGUUGGCGUACUAUACUGCGGCUGGGUUGGGCUUUUCGCCGGCGGCUGUUUGGUUGGUUACGUUGAUGGUUCUGUGUGAAAACUCGUACGCAACCAUCUCCCGCUUCAUUCUCCUCGACUCCAUGCUCCUCUUCUUCACCUUCACAACAAUGUUCUGCCUCGUCCAAUUCCACAACCAACAACCCAAGCCCUUUGGUCGCAAAUGGUGGAAAUGGCUCAUCCUUACCGGGACCUCCAUCGGUUGUGUCUGUUCCGUCAAAUGGGUCGGACUCUUCGCCACGGCCCUUGUCGGAAUCUAUACCAUCGACGACCUCUGGCAAAAGUUUGGCGAUCUGAAGAUGCCGAAGGUGGCCUACGCCAAACACUGGGCUGCCCGUGGAGCAUUUCUAAUCGUCUGGCCCUUCCUGAUCUACGCACUCAACUUCUACCUCCACUUCACCAUCCUCGAGAACUCCGGCCCAGGCGACGCCCAAAUGUCAUCCCUCUUCCAAGCAAACCUCAAGGGCACGGACCUAACCUCCUCCCCCGUCGAAAUCAUGUACGGCUCCCGCGCCACUAUCAAAAACAUGGGCUACGGCGGUGGUCUCUUGCAUUCGCACGUUCAAACUUAUCCGGAGGGAUCGCAACAACAGCAAAUAACCUGUUACCACCACAAAGACGCAAACAAUGAGUGGUUUUUCUACCCGAAUCGGUAUGAGCCUGAGUUUUCGUCGGAGGGGGAGUUGAGGAAUGUCAGGGAUGGGGCUACGAUUAGGUUGAUCCACGCACAGACUGGGAGAAAUUUGCAUUCGCAUCAGGUUGCGGCGCCGGUUACGAAGAGUGCGUGGGAGGUGUCUUGUUAUGGGAAUUUAACGAUUGGGGAUGAUAAGGAUCAUUGGCAGGUUGAGAUCAUCGAUGAUCUCAAGCACCGUGAUCACUCCAAACUCCGAACCCUCACCUCCGCAUUCCGUCUUCGCCAUCCCACGCUUGGAUGCUAUCUGAGAGCCGCGAACGUCAACCUACCCCAGUGGGGCUUCAAACAAGUCGAAGUAACCUGCACGAAAGAAAAUGACCCCAAGGAUGUCCACACGCACUGGAACGUCGAAAACCACUGGAACGAUAAACUUCCGAUCGGCGAGGCGGCAGAUUACAAAUCUCCGUUCUGGCGUGAUUUUGUGCAUUUGAAUGUUGCGAUGAUGACUUCGAAUAAUGCCCUUGUUCCUGAUCCGGAUAAGCAGGAUGAUUUGGCGAGUCAGGCGUGGCAGUGGCCGUUGGCGCAUGUUGGGUUGAGGAUGUGUUCGUGGGAUAAGAAUGUUGUCAAGUACUUCCUGCUUGGAAACCCUAUCGUGUACUGGGGUUCCACUGCUUCGCUGGGCGCGUUUGGGCUGUUGGUUCUGUGGUAUUUGGUUAGGUGGCAGCGGUCCUACCAAGAUCUGACCCGCGCAGACUUCGACCACUUCCACUACGCAGGCUUCUACCCCGUCCUCGGGUGGGCAUUGCACUACAUCCCCUUCUUUAUCAUGGGUCGUGUCCUUUACGUCCACCACUACUUCCCCGCUCUCUGGUUUGCGAUCCUCACGUUUGGAUUCGUGUUUGAUUGGCUCACGAGACGUCUUCCGGGAGGUGCGAAGGUGUUGGUGUAUGGGGCUGCGUAUGUUGCGGUUGUGGGGGUAUUUGUGUACUUUAGUCCGGUUACGUUCGGUAUGGAGGGGGAGGCGGAGAAGUAUAAGUAUUUGAGGUGGUUGAGGACGUGGAGGAUUCAUGGGCAGGAGUAAAAAGUGGAUGAAGUUGUUAAGGAUGAAGGGGAAAGGAGGUGGAUGU